ACAGUAUCAAAAUCAUGGCACGCGUCUGGCACACUGCUCCUAAUAACAGACUGCCUGGAUGAAAGGAGGCACCUCAAACUGUAACGAUGCCACUUUUUUAGUCUCCAUACGGACACCUGUCAUCAGACUGCCUGGAGCCUGACCAAAACAUUGUUGCACUUUAGGUCAGCCAGGUCUAUAAAAAUGAGACGCUCCUUAAGAGAAGCACAAACUCUCAAACUCCCAAAAUGACUGCGUUCCAAAGACAGGUCCAGACCUCAUUCUUCUCGGAUGGGGACUGCUUCGACAUGUGGCACGACUACAUGAACCUGGCUACACUCCUGCAGAAGCUAUGCGUGGGACAAGAAAGGGGACACAUCGACAACAAGGGGCCAAAGAAAGACGCAGAGUCACCGUGGAGCUACAUCCAAACCUCUCGGUUGGAGGACAGCAGAAGCCCCACAGGGACCGGGUCCGCCAGCAGCCUGUCGGGCAAGAGCUGCAGCGGGACUUCUUCGUCGGACUUCUGCCGCUUUUGUAAGCAGAACGGGGAGUCUGUGAGAGUUUACCGGUCCCACAAGCUGAAAGCGGACGACGGGAAGGUCAGCUGUCCCAUCCUCCGGAGCUACACCUGUCCCAUCUGUGAGGCCACCGGGGACCAAGCGCACACACGCCGGUACUGCCCGCGGACGCAGCAGAGCGGCGCUGCAGGGAUGCCGAAAGUGUCCAAGUUCUGGUAGCUGGAGAGAGACUGUGGACACGACUGUACAUAAUUACAAGGACAGUUUGGCCAUGUGUUCAUGUUUACAAAGACUGUUGUGUUUGACGUUGUGUAAAUGUACAAAAGGUGCCGUUUUUAAUGAAUGUUGUGUCGUUUUUUUGUUUGUGUGCAGUAACUCAGGCUGAUGCAGACUCAAUGGAGAUGGAGUUUGAUCACUCAGCUCUCAGGCGUUAAAAACAUGUUGUAAACACGAGUGUUCACAAAGAAAAAGGUUGGCUGAUGAGCUAUAUGUUUUUAAAAAAUAAAAAAGAGCAAAGUUAA